UCUACCUGUAGCGCACUGGGCAGACGACACUACUACCGUUUAGGGGCUCUCUUGGCAUGCAGUGGACUCGCUAGGACCAGUGCCGGCAUGAUGAUAUAAGGAAUAUUAACUCUACCCCCGACAAACCAAAAGUUUUUUGCACCGAAUUUGUUGUAGAAACUUUUCUAAGGAUUUACUUUUAAGGAAUACGCUUAUAAAGACUUUAAGUUUCAGACCAUGCCGUCACUAAUGUCCGUGCUGCACGUGCUUGUCCUGUUUCUGGCGAUUUUCCCCAUCAGUCGUCUGCAAAUCAGAACGCAAACUAACGCCAACUCAAGAUUUGUUCAAUGGAUGAAUGGCCUUUUCUACCUUCCAAGAGGAAAUGAAUUGCGCGUGCGCAAAGAGUAUCGUUUGCUGUCUGAUGAAGAGCGACGAAGCUACCACCAAGCCAUACUUCUUCUAAAGAACGACCGGACUGUGUUGCCAAAUAAGUUUGAUGCCAUCGCCUCUCUCCACCAUCUCAAUACAGCCUCGGGCGCCCACGGCGGUCCCGGAUUUCUGGGAUGGCACAGAAUCUACCUUACACUUUUCGAAAACGCCCUUCGAGAGAAAGUUCCCAACGUAACCAUUCCAUACUGGGACAACACACUCGAUGCUGAGCUUCCUGAUCCAAGAAGAUCCAUCAUGUGGUCCCCAUUAUUCUUCGGAAACGGAAAUGGCGCUGUAGUAACUGGCCCCUUCCGGCGAUUUACUACCCCUUACGGACCCCUCCGCCGCGAUAUAGGAGCAGACCGAAGACUGAUGUCAAAAACAGAUUUAGAAAAUGUAUUUAGCCGAAGGUGGAUGUGGGAAAUCUCGAACCCCAGUGCCGAGGACCGGUAUAAUCUAGAAUUGUUACACAAUCAUGUGCACGUCUGGAUUGGGGAGCAAAUGAGUCGUAUAGAAUCUUCGUCAUACGACCCAGCGUUCUUUUCUCACCACGCUUUCGUCGAUUGUUUAUGGGAGGAGUUUCGGCAAAGACAGAGGCAACACGGCAUUAACCCCGGCCGAGACUAUCCGAGAAUCGUCGGGGAUCAAGGUCACCAGCCUCUUGUUUCUAUGGGACUGGGAAGACUUCUUGUAGUUGAUGGAAUUAAUGACAUUUUCACUCAGAGAAUAUAUAGUUGCCAGAGGAGACCCGAAUGUGUGCCGGGGACCAAUCACUGUGGUUCCCCAUACAUUCGUUGUAAUUGGUCGACAAGAACUUGUUUACCUUUAAUAAUGAGCAACAGACCAAACAACCCUGUUGCCCAAGGCCCAGCUCAGCAACAAGUGCCCUGGUGGGCACGAUUAAUGCAACGAAACGGGCUAUUUGGUUGAAAAAAAAAUAAAGAGUUUUCCUGGUAUAGUUUCUCAUCAGUUGUGCCAAUUGGGUCAUGGGUUAAAAGGGAAUCUUGGAUCAAAGGGUCGAAUGUGAAAAUGGGAAGUAUUCUCAUCUGUAAGGUUAUGGCGCAAAGUUAAACUCACCAAUGUUUUUGUUAAAGCCGUUCAGUGGGUGAACGGGAAGUCGUUGUCAUGCAUUUAAUAUAACUGGGUACAUCAAAAAACCAAUUUAAGUUUUCCAAGCUUCCAAAUUUCUGUCCGAGUAACAAUCCCAGACACAAAGACGUUUCCAGAACGAUACAAUCUAAAUUUUUAUCAUAUAUGAAUUUAUCUGUAGUAGUAAAAGUUGCUCAGGCUAAUCCGUAAAUAUCUUGAAUAGAAUUAUGAAACAGCAUUUGUGCAAUAUUGAUAUAUACUUGUACAGUACAAUAUCAAUUAUCCGUGUGUCAUUUAGACGUGCCUGUCCUUUGUUAUCGUUGUGUGUCCCAUGUUUAAAAGUAUGAAUCAAGAGCUAGGGCAUACCAGUAUGUAUGUGAGAUUAGAUAUUCUGUGAGUAAUAUAUUUUUGUUUAGAAAACCAUUCUAGUCCACUCUCCCCUAUAUAAAUAUUUUCCCCAACAAAUCAAGUCAUCGAGCCUUUCCUGUCAUUAUAAUGUUGUAAAUAAAUGUGACGUAAUUAUAUGAUUGUCAAUCAAAGAUAUUUGAUUGGUUUUAUUCAGUCAUAUACAUGUUUUAUUACAUUCUGUUGAAGUGUUGCCAUUAUUUAUUUUGCAAUUAAAGUUUUUCUUUCAUUA